AUGGUUGCUGACAUUUUACAAUUACAACCCUCCCAAACCAAUGAUGGAGAAGACACUCCCAGAUGGAUUAAAUCCUCUGAUGGAGAGUUCUCUACAGCAAGUGCGUAUGAUUUAAUUGUUGAUCAACAAAACCAUAUGGGGGAUUGGGGUUGGAUCUGGAAACUCAAGGUUCCUUUGAAACUUAAGAGUUUUUUGUGGCUUGUUCUCCACGACAAGCUUCUCACUAAUCAUAAGAGAGCCACGAGGGGGAUCACAAAUGAUCCCAAAUGCCCGUACUAUGUGAAUAUAGAAACCAUUGAACACUUGCUUAGGCUUUGUCCUCAAGCUCUUCAGAUAUGUGGGUAUUACGGCAAGCCUGAGAUAUGCACUAGGCUUGAAGCCGAACUUUGGGCUGUCUACAAAGGGCUUACCAUCAUUCUCCAAAGAGGAUUCAAUCAAGUGAUUAUAGAAAUGGAUGCGGAGCAAGUGGUUCAACUAUUGAGUAAAGACAUAGGAGAGAGAUGCCCUUUUCGGGGCAUUGUGGAAGAUGCUCGUAUUACCAUGCGCGGUUGUGACUGCACCAUCCAGCAUAUUCGAAGGGACGCCAACAUUUGUGCAGAUGCAAUGGCAAAGCUAGGUGAAUAUCAGCCAGCGGAGUUGCUUAUUGUUCAAGACCCACCUGCGGAACUUCGGCCGCUGUUAGUCGAGGACAUUGUUCACCUCUCUAUGGAGGGAUCUAGGGUGUAG